ACGUUCGUGCGAGUUUGUGCGUACAACCGACGUCGGACGUAGUGCCCGCAGAGCCGUGCGUUCAGUAACAGCUGACCCGUCGUCGGCAACGUGCGCGCGUCUCGUUUCGGUCCCGGGCCACAAGUGCGGCGUCUCGACCGACGAAUAGAGUACCUACCCGCGUCGCGACGUUCGUGUUUUUAUGAUUAUAUUUUUUUUUUAUCGCUGUACCGAUAAAUAAUAAUAUUAUCGUUAUCGUACCGCAGUGUAGUAAUAGUGUUGCGCGGUUAGUCACCGCGGUCGUAAUAACGCAUUGUUAUCUCGUAGUGUUCGACGACGUUCAGUUGCGGUGCGGUGUGGUGUCAUUCGCUGCAGACAACGGCGCGGCCGGUCGCGAUGAGCGCUAAAAAUACGAGUUUCGUCACCGACGUCGACUUGCACCUGAAAAUAUCCAAUUACGAGGAGACGGUCAAGCACUUGGACAUCUACUACGGCAUAGUGAAAAGGCAACUUUUGAGAUAUCAAAGUGCAAUAACCGGUCUAUUUCCAGUAUUGUCGGAUGACGAAAAAGUGGCCAGCGUUAGAGAUAGCGUUUAUUGUGCUGCUGCAAUUUGGAGUUUAUUUCAAGCGUACAGGCGAAUAGAUGACGACAGAGGGAAAUCUUAUGAGUUGGGUCAGUCUGCGGUUAAAUGCAUGAGAGGAAUAUUGGCAUGCUGGAUCAGACAGGCGGAUCUAAUAGAAUGUUUCAAAAAACAUCAAUGCAAUAAAUUUGCUUUACAUUCAAAGUUUAAUUUAACAAAUGGUGAUAUUGUUCACUCCGGUGACGGAUAUCCUCAUUUACAGAUUGAUGCCGUAUCGUUGUAUCUCAUAUAUUUGGUCCAAAUGACCACAUCAGGGCUGCAAAUAAUUUAUACGAAAGACGAAGUUGCGUUUGUGCAAAAUUUAGUUUACUAUAUAGAACGCGCCUACAGAACGCCAGAUUACGCUAUGUGGGAACGAGGUAGUUCGUAUAAUGACAACACGCCUGAAAUUCAUGCAAGUUCCAUCGGUAUGGCAAAAAGUGCAUUGGAAUCUAUUAACGGCUGCAAUCUGUUUGGUGACAAAGGAGCGUCUUGGUCUGUAAUAUACGUAGAUAUCGACGCACACAACAGGAACAGAAGUAUAUUCGAAACCUUAUUGCCUCGAGAGUCUAGUUCUAAAGCUGUCGAUUCGGCAUUGAUAACGACCGUGUCUUACCCUGCUUUCGCUACUCAUGAGGACGUGUUGGUGUCGUAUACCAAGGCCAACAUCGUGAAGAAACUCAAAGGCCGCUACGGGUUCAAACGGUUUAAGAGGGAUGGUUACAAAUGUGCCAUCGAGGACAAAAAGAGAAAGUUCUAUAACGUCGGGGAAACCAAGGAUUUCGAAAAUAUAGAGAAUGAAUGGCCAUUAUUUUACCUAUACAUGAUAAUCGAUGGAGUGUUCAAAAAUUUGCCGCAACAGGUCGAGGAGUACAAAACGCUGCUGAAAGACGUUAUGACCAUCGACAGUUUCGGCGAUCCUUAUGUGCCAAUGUUCUAUUACAUCACCAAGGAGAACGUGGAAUACGAAAGGGCGGACCCCGGCAGUCAGCUGAGGUCGGCUGGUCCCGAGUACGAGGAGAGCCAAGACCCACCGCUGUUUUUGUGGAACCAAGCAUUAUACGUUAUCGCUCAGCUGCUCACUUCUAACCUGUUGCACAUAAACGAACUCGACCCAAUUCGUCGAUACUUACCGUCCUACAACAGGCCCAAAAGGCCCGGACGUUAUUCCGCGUUCCAGGGCACUGCCACUGACUUAGUGGUUCAAGUAGUUCUCAUAGCGGAAUCCAUGCGAUUGCAAGCGAUGAUGGCUACGUAUGGCAUCCAAACGCAAACGCCUCACGAAGUUGAACCUGUUCAAAUCUGGUCAUCCACUGAGCUGAUGAAAGUGUACACGAAUUUGGGCAUAAACGAUAAAUUGAAAUUGACCGGAAGACCUUUAAGGCCUAUUGGAGCGCUUGGGACUAGUAAAAUGUACAGAGUUUGCGGAAUGACGGUUCUGUGUUAUCCUCUUAUAUUUGAAGUAUCUGAGUUCUAUCUCUAUCGAGACAUGUCACUGUUGAUUGAUGACAUUAAAACAGAAUUAAAAUUUGUCAGCAGAUUUUGGCGGCUGUCCGGUAGACCUACAAUUUGCUUGUUAAUACGAGAAGAGCACAUGAGAGAUCCGCAGUUUGAAGAGAUGUUGGAUUUAUUCGCAAUGCUAAAAAAAGGCCACUGUGACGGCAUCAAAGUGAGGAUUGGAAGAUUGCAAAAUUUACUAUCUUCUUCGUGCAUGGAACACUUGGAUUUCGUGAAUAAUAUUGGCGCCCAAGAUUUUAAAUUCCAACCAUUCAAACAAUUGGAGUACGAUUAUAGCGGUUAUCAGAGUUUGACGGAUGUACCCAAAGCUUUGGUUUACUCGGAAGACAUUAUCAACAUCCAGGCCUAUCAGCACAAGAGUACCAACGAAAUUAUUCAGACAAUAAAUGAUGGAGUUGGACUAUUUUCGCAAGCUCAGCUGUACGGAUUGUUGUUGAAAAAAGAAGGCAUCGAAAAAGAAAUAAACGGACACACUAUCGGACACCAUCUGACAAAUUUAUACCACAGCGCUGGUUGUUUGCACUACUGGAUUGCCGUACGAUAUUGCAGCAGCCUGUUGCGCCACACGGUCGACAGCAUCAGUCCAUUUAUAACGGCUGUUUUGGUCAACGGAAAACAACUCACCGUAGGAGUCGUGGACCAAAAGGAAACGGUGUUUGAUAAGCCAAUGACGCCGGCGGCCAUCCACUCAAUAAUGUACUCUACGAUACAGCCGUACAACGUUAUACAAGCCGUACUACAGCAGGAAAUAAUUUUGUACUGCGGCCGGCUAAUAGCCACCAACCCAGAUAUGUUCAAAGGAAUUUUGAAAAUUAGAGUCGGAUGGGUAUUGGAAGCUAUGACGAUACAAUUAAAUUCUGGCAAGAAAAAACAAUUAUUGGUCGAAAACUUGAGUCCGUAUGCCAUAAGAAAAUUGUUGCAAAAAAUAUUUACAGUCAAGGAAUGGGGGCAGAUAGAGCAGAUCAACAUGCUGCAAAAGCGAAAACUAGAGGGUUGCUUGUGCAGGGUGCCCAAUCAGUUUUACAAUCAAGUGUGGGACAUACUAAUGCGUACUCCUAAAGGUAUCCGGUUCCGAAAUCAAGUAAUGCCGCAACAGCCCACCAUCAACAACAUGACGCACUCUGAGCUUCAGUUCGCGCUGUACGUCGAGAGCAUGUUAAACCAAUUAGAAAAGCCUGACUAUAGACAACUCAUUGUCGAGCUGCUGUGCAUAGUUUCUACGAUACUCAUCCGGAAUCCGGAGCUCACACUGAAGGAGUUAAAUCUGGACGGCUUAGUGACUGAGGCUAACAAGAUGUUUUGCAAGGACAAUCAAAUGACACGUAGUGACAGUUUGGACGCGUUUAUUUCAUCCAAGUACUCGAUCACCGCCGGGUAUUUCGCCAGGGCCGUGGUAAACAACAUAUUGACCGGUGGCCAGACAGAAACGUCUGCCGUCGACAUAGACGAAGAUGAUGAUGGAAGCGAUGAGAAAUGCACAGUGUCGUGAGAUACAACUACACACACCCCUCACCAAACCUCACACCGACGCCGUGGUUUUCUCAGGUCAUAUUGCUGAACCACUGGUAACCAUCGAGUAUCACCGAAUGAUGAAUUUGUUGAAUGAUGAGAGGAUGAAAACUCUCAGUUAUUUCGUCUCGCAGAAAUCGGCGAAACCUCGUGAAAUGGCAAGAAUUCCGCUUAUUGUAUAUUUAUUAUUAUUAUUAUUAUUAUCAUUAAAAUAUGUAGUUUAAUGUCGAAAAAGUGUGAUUUCUUUUAGUUUGGUGGCAUUUUUACUUCGCUGCUAUUUCUUUUCCAAAGGUUGACAAGUCGUCUAAAAUGAACUUGGGUUAAUUCAAGGAUGACCCACGUCCAUAAUAAUUACUAUUUGUUAGUUAAAAAUCAUUUCUAGUGGAAAACAAUACUCAGCUGUUAUAAUAUUAAAAUCGUAGUUAAGAAACCCAUGUCUACUGUAAAAAUAAGAGAUCUUUAUUUUUGCAAUAUCUUUUUUCUUUCUAAGUAAGAGGAUUUCUUAAAAAAUUGUUAGAACUAUAAGUGUUCGUACCAAGCAAAAAGUUUAUCACGGUGUACUAAUGAAGCUAACUUUCCCUUGGCUUCUCUUAACUCUUUUUUGUCACCAUCCUUUUAUGUAUUCUUAUUAUUAUUUCUCAUUAGCUUUAUUAUUAUUGUUGUUGCAAUUCAAUUAAAUUAUUGUAAAUCGUUUGCAUAUUUUUUUAUUUAUAUGUGAUUUGGAUAUAAUGUAUUAUAAUUAAGUGUAGUGGAAUCAUAUGCAAUUAACCUUUUACGUUGUAUAAUACUCUAUAUUACACAAUUCAUACUAUCA